UUUUGUUUUCUUUUUUAAACGAGAGCGGUUUUCGGUUGUUUGAGUUGAAUUCGAGUUGUGCUUUUUUAGUUUUAAGGAAAAUUGAGAGUAUCGGAUGAGAGAUCUGAGCUGAAAACAUUUUGGCAACUGUAAAGAAAAAAAUGACAACUAUGGAAGUAUCAAUGAAAGGAAAUUGUGUUAACGGAAGAGGAGGAGAAAGCUUUUCUUCUGGUUAUAGCGAGCCAAUUGAUGCUCGGAACACCAGGGAAGGGCAAGACGGUCGCUCAACUCGUAAGCCUGCCGUCAAAGACCCAGAAGCGGCGCUGUAUACGGAGCUUUGGCGUGCAUGUGCCGGAUCUCUGGUGACCGUCCCUCGCGAAGGAGAGCGCGUGUUCUACUUUCCCCAAGGUCACAUAGAACAGGUUGAGGCGUCUACUAAUCAGGUUUCAGACCAGAAUAUGCCAAUGUAUAAUCUUCCAUCUAAGAUCCUUUGUCGGGUGAUUAACGUUCAAUUAAAGGCUGAACCAGAUACUGAUGAAGUUUUUGCACAAGUGACUCUUCUUCCUGAACCUACUCAGCAAGAUGAGAAUACCGUGGACAAGGAGCCUCCUGUUCCUCAACCCCCACGGUUCCAUGUUCAUUCCUUUUGCAAGACCUUGACUGCCUCAGAUACAAGCACCCAUGGUGGGUUUUCGGUGCUCAGGCGGCAUGCUGAUGAAUGUCUUCCACCAUUGGACAUGUCACGGCAACCACAAACACAAGAAUUGGUUGCUAAGGAUUUGCAUGGAAAUGAGUGGCGAUUCCGGCAUAUCUUGAGGGGUCAACCUCGUAGGCACUUACUUCAAAGUGGUUGGAGUGUUUUUGUGAGUUCCAAGAGGCUUGUUGUAGGGGAUGCCUUUAUAUUUUUAAGAGGUGAGAAUGGAGAAUUACGUGUUGGUGUAAGAAGAGCUGUGAGACAGCUGGGCAAUGUUCCUCCAUCAGUAAUAUCAAGUCAUAGCAUGCAUCUUGGUGUGCUUGCAACAGCAUGGCAUGCCUUCUCAACACGAACCAUAUUUACUGUGUAUUACAAACCUAGGACAAGCCCAGCCGAGUUUAUUGUUCCAUAUUAUCAGUACAUGGAGUCAUUAAAGAACAAUUACUCAAUAGGGAUGAGAUUCAAAAUGAGAUUUGAAGGUGAAGAAGCUCCUGAACAGAGGUUUACUGGAACAAUAGUUGGAAUAGAAGAUGCUGAUCCGAAAAGAUGGCAGGAUUCCAAAUGGAGAUGCCUCAAUGUGCGAUGGGAUGAGACAUCUAACAUACCUCGUCCAGAGACAGUUUCUCCUUGGAAAAUUGAACCUGCUUUGGCUCCUCCAGCCUUGAAUCCAAUUCCAAUGCCCAGGGCCAAAAGGCCUCGACCCCAUGCAGUACCUACAUCAUCUGAUUCCUCUUUUCGUACUAGGGAAGGUUCAUCCAAAGUUACUGUAGACCCUUCAACAGCUAGUGGGUUGCCAAGGGUCUUGCAAGGUCAAGAAUUCUCGACCUUGAGAGGCAACUUUGUGGAGAGUAUCGGGUCUGACACUGCUGAAAAAUUGAUGAUGUGGCCACCUGUAGAUAAUGAGAAGAUUCACGUGGUUUCUGCUUCAAGAAGAUUUGGUUCAGAGAAUUGGAUGUCCUCCGAGAGGCAUGAACCAACAUACACAGAUCUACUCUCAGGGUUUGGAUCAAAUGCAGAUUCCAUACAUGGGUAUUGUUCAUCCUUGGUUGAUCAAACUUUAUUGGUUGGUAAGACUAUGAAAAAACAAGCAUUAGAUCAAGAAAUGAAGCUUGGGUCUUGGUCCCUCGGGCCUUCUGGUCUGUCACUCAAAUUGGCCGUCACAAAUGCAAUGCUCCCAGGGCAAGGUUCUGGCGUGCCUUAUAAACCCCGAGGAAAUGGUCGAUUUAGUGGUUUUGGUGACUAUCCUGUACUUCAAGGCCAUAGGAUUGAACACUCAAACGGAAACUGGUUGAUGCCUCCCCCAAAUUCUCAUUAUGAGAAGAGUCCAGUCCAAUCUCGAGAUUUAAUGCCCGCAUCAUCGGUACAAGAACACGAGAAUGGAAAAUCUGGUGAAGGAAACUGCAAGCUCUUUGGUAUUCCUCUCGUUAGGAAUUCUAUUGCAUCAGAACCCACUGUCACUCAUGUUAAUGCAUUGAAUGAGCCUGUGGGUCAUAUGCAAGCUGCAUCUCACCAUGUUCGUGCUUUUGAAUCUGACCAAAGAUUUGAAAACUCGAAGGUCUCACAGUUAGUGGAUGUGGAGGACUUGUCUAAUUUUAAUGAGCUCAAGAAACAACCUCAUGCUCGAGAGAUUCAAAGCAAGCCUUCUAGUGCUUCAACUAGGAGUUGUACCAAGGUUCACAAGCAGGGGAUUGCUCUUGGUAGGUCUGUGGAUCUUACUAAGUUCAACAACUACGAUGAACUUAUUGCAGAACUGGAUCAAUUAUUUGAAUUUAGUGGAGAGUUAAUGGCCCCUAAAAGGAAUUGGCUUGUUGUUUAUACUGAUGACGAGGGUGAUAUGAUGCUUGUUGGAGAUGAUCCUUGGCAGGAAUUUUGUGCCAUGGUUCGCAAGAUUGGUAUCUACACUAGAGAGGAGGUACAGAAGAUGAAGCCAGGAUCAAUGAGUUCAAAGGGUGAGGACAAUUCAGUUUCUGCAGGAGGCCUAGAUGGAAUGGAAAUGAUAUGUCGAUCGACAUCUAGUGCAGAGAAUUGUUAGGCUUUUCUUAAUGGUUCUUGGUAAUGUUCUAGCUUUUUGUUAAAGAG